UGUUCUAGCUAUGUGACUAAUCGAAAGUUUUUGUUCAUUAGGACGAAUUGGGGUUGGGACGAAAUGGGGAUUUGACGAAUUGGAUAUUUGUAGACGAAUUGGUUAAUUUUGUUCAUUGUUACUAAUUGGGGAUUGGGCCUUAUUUAAUUUAUUGAUUUCGAAAUCUCGUUAACACCAAACAGUCCUGAACAUUUUUCCAGCGACAAACUGACUUGUCCUUUCUUUUCAUUUGCCAACAACCAAAUUGGUCACGAGCCGUUCACGAGCAUUUCGGUAAAUUGUAACUUGUUCUUCCGUUUGAGAUUGCCUGCGAUUUCUUUUAUUUACGUAAAAAGAAUAAUCGGUUGGAUGAAUCACGCAUUAAUUCCCUUUUCUUCAAAUACUCAUAUUUCUUUAAAUGUAAUCAAAAAAUUGUUUUGAUUACAUCUUCGUUUAUUUUAGCUUUUCUUGUUAUACGAUUUAAUUUAUAUUUGGCGAUCUUUCAGAAUGUUUAUUCUUGUUCCUUAGAAAUUCCCUUUCCUUGUUGUUCGUUAAAAACACCUUAAAAAUUAAUCUGAAAGAUAGCCAUCCAUUUAAAAUAUUUUUUAGCCCCCUUCCCAAACAAAAAAUGGCCAUAUUUGGCAUGUUUAAGAAUUUAUUGCUUGGACAACAGUCUAAUAAUCAAUCUACCAAUCAUAAACUUCCCUCAAUAAUACUAAAAGAUGUUAACCCAAUGGAUCAUUGGAAAGUGCUUGGAGAGAUUGCUGAAGGUGCUUUUGGAAAAAUUGAGAAAGUUUGCAGUUUAAGUAAUUCUCAUUUGAUUGCAGCUUCGAAGGCUAUUUCACCUCAAGAAGGAGAAAAUUUGGAAGAUUUUCUUGUUGAGAUUGAAAUUCUUUCACUUGCAAAGGAACACGAAAAUAUUGUUGGACUUCAUGCUUGUUAUUUCUUUGAAGAAAAGCUUUAUAUGAUAUUGGAAUAUUGUGCUGGUGGUGCAAUUGAUUCUAUAAUGGCAGAAUUGGAUAAGCCUUUAACUGAGCCGCAAAUUGCUUAUGUUACACAUGCUGUUAUUCACAGAGACUUGAAGGCUGGGAAUAUUUUGCUUUCUGCAGAUGGAAUUGUCAAGCUUGCUGAUUUUGGCGUAUCUGCAAUAAUGAAAAAUCAUCAGAAACGUGAUUCUUUUAUUGGAACUCCUUAUUGGAUGGCUCCGGAAGUGAUUAUUUCCGAUAUUUGGUCACUUGGCAUAACUCUCAUCGAAAUGGCACAAAUUGAGCCACCAAAUCAUAAUAUGAAUCCAAUGCGUGUUGUCAUCAAAAUUCAAAAAUCGGAACCUCCAACUCUUGCACAUCCACAAAGAUGGACUUCAACUUUCUCAGAAUUUCUUCGAAAAUGUCUUGUGAAAAAUCCUGAUGAACGUUGGAAUGCUCAACAAUUGCUAAAUCAUUCUUUUAUUCGAACUGCUACUGAUCGACGGCCUAUAAUCAAAUUAUUGUGUGAAAAGAAUGCAGAUGUAUUGGAGGAAAUAAUUGAAGUUGUUGGAGCAAACAAUAUUGAGAUCGAUAGUAUAGCUGAUUCUGAAGAGCGUGAAACUUGUUCAGAUAUUGAUAGCAUCAGCACUAUUAAUAAUGCAAAUAAUAAUCCACUCAGAACUUCAAUCGAAAAUAUUCCAAACUUUCGACAUGCUCCUUUAGAACCAACAACAUCGACAGUUGUUAUUGACCCCAAUAAAGAUAAUAACAACAAAAUUAAUGAACAAUCACAACAACAACAAUUUGUUAUCGUUUCUAAGAAAAAUUAUGAAGCUCCACAACCACCUCCAGAGCCACCAGCACUUUUGCCUUGGGGAACAACACCUGAUGAUGAUGCUAUAAAUGCUAGAAGUCAUAGUACCUUAAGCCCUUCUGGGCAAGAAGCUAUUCAAAUUUUGGAUGAUCUUUGUGAUGUUCUCGAUAAUGAUGGAGAUGAGGAUGUUGUUAGCAGCAAUACAGCUUCAUUUCAAUCAGAGCAAGUUAUACUUGGAGAGCAUUCAAUGCCGUCUCUUUUGCACUCUUCCUCUAUUGAUAAUCAAAAGACUGUCGUCCAUUUGUCUAAUGAACAAAUAAAUGCUGAACCAACAACGAUACAUCUUUCAUGUGAUGAUUUGCCACCACCGGAACCGCCUGUUGAUUAUGAUGUUGAAGAUAAUAUAAUUCGUGAAAAGUUACAAAAGGAAACAUCAAAAGUUACACCUGAAAGAAUCUCCAAAACCGAGGACAAGCGAAAAAGAUCUGGAAGUGUUAAUGCUGAAAAUAUUUCUGGAACUACAAAUGGAGGUGGUUAUUUAAAUCAACGACAUUCUCAUCCUGUUGCUGAUAAUUUAAUGCAAAAACAAAAUGUUCGGUCGUCUCCACCUUUGCCUGCUAAAGAACAAGGCAUUGUACAUCCUUCUAAUCAAAUCAAUCGACCUCAACAACACAAAGAGCGACAACCAUCUGUUCAUGUUCCAAUGCGCAAAUCACCUCAUCGUGCUACUGUCACUAAAAGAACACGUACUUAUGUUGUUGAUGGAGUUGAAGUUACAAGCACGACUAUGCAUGUUUUGGGCGAAAAACAGGAUCUCGAAUUGAGAAAAAAAGAGUUGAGAGAUUUGAAACGAAUACAAAGAGAAGAGGCACGACAACAACAAGAACUUAAUGCGAGAGCUGAACAAAUACGUGAGCAACAAGAAAGGAAGUUUGCUUUUGAAAUGCAGGCAAUACAAAAAUCCUAUGAAAAUGAAGUCGAAGCAAUAUCUAAGGCGCAAAAGAAGAAAAUGGAAGAACAAGAAAAACAACAAGAAGAGGAGAUGCGUAAUUUGGCUAAGCGAAUUAGAAUUGAUCAGGAAAGAGAUUUGAGACUAUUUCGUGAUAGAUUGAGACAACAAGAAAAGAUUUUGAAGCAAGAAGUUGGAAUGCUUCCAAAAUCUCAACGUAAGCCUGUAAUGAAGCAGAGACAAGAGAGUUUUGAGAAAUACCAAAUUGAUAAGGAAGCAGAAUUCAUGAAUCAACUGGAACGCAAUAAAGAAAACUUUUUACAAAAAGCUCAGGAUCGCCAUCGUGAAAGGCUUUGUCUGUUAGAACGGCAAUUUUUGGAGCAAAAACACCAAUUAGAGAGAGGAUUAGAAACUGCUCAAUGGGAGUUGGAAGAAGCUCAGUUGGUGGAGAAGCAUGCCUUAUUGACACAACAAUUUAGAGAUGUUUUUCAUUUGCAAAGGACACAUAUGCUUGCUCGACACGCAAAAGAGGGCGAACACGUAAGACGCAUCAAUCAAGCAAACGAAGAAAAUAUGUUACGUGCAUUGACAAUCGAUAGGAAAGCAUUACCUAAAGUUUUAAGAAAUGAAAGUAAAACGCGAACAAUGAUGUUCAGAAAAAGUUUGGAAGUUGACUUACCGGGUGAGAGCUCAGAGACAUGGACAGCAAAAAUAAAAAUUUUUGAAGAAAAAGAAAAGCAAAGAAUCCGUUUAAAAAUGGAUGAAUAUGAUUUAAAAUGUAAAAGAAAAUUGGCACAAUUAGUUGAAAACAAUCAAAAUGUGCUUCGAGAAUUAGAAGAAAUUCAUAAUGAGAAGCGUAAUAUUCUUUUGGACAAUGAACGAGCAAAACUUGCUGAAUAUGAAAAAGAAUAUCAACAAGUUUUAUCUGAAUGGAAAUCUAAUUUGUCUUCUAGGAAAGCUGCUUUGGAAGCAAAAUUUAGUGAAGAAUUGGCAACUCAAGAACGUUUCUAUAGUUCUGAAAUGACUGUUAAUUCUGGAGUUAGCUCUUCUUCUUCGUCUUCUUCUUGUGCACAGGCAAGAUCUUCCUAUAAUGUUUUUGGGCUGGAUCAGCAUCUUUAAUGUAGUUGAGGUUUUUUUGUUAUAAAUAAAUACAUAUAUACAGUUGAACCUUUAAAAAAUUUUAUUUUUUCAAUACCUCUUUCAAAAUGUAAUUUAUUUUUUUCACAGGUUCUUCUGUGUAUAUCUUUUACUAUUUUUGAACCUAUAUUUUACUAUAUUUUAUUUUCUUGCCCAUUCAACUUGGUUAUU